AUGCUUGCGCGACUGUUUCAGUUCUGCGGAGACCGUCACUUCAUUGAACGCGAAGGGGAAUCAGGCGGAGAUGUGAUGUCGAGAACGCCAGCGCCGCUGUCAGAGCUGCGGUCUCUGCACUUGCACGGAAAGGGCCCUGACUACCGUAGUGUCCGGUUUCACUCAAAGAACAUCCGCCCGCUACUGCUCUCUACCGAGCUUCAGACAUUGAAGCUUAUCGGAAUAGACUGGGGUGGCACGAGCGUAGACACACGCUCAGAGGCCGAGGAGGAAAAUCGAAGGGACGACAGGGACGACGAUGGGCAUAACGACUUUCAGCUUAACCAAGUAGUUCCUGGUAGGCCACCCAGAAAGCUAUAUACCUUCCCAGGUUCUCAUCCAAAGAUGAAGAGUCUCAGUCUCUGCAAUAACCAGUCUCCUCACCCUUAUGGCGUGCAGAAUAUGCUGUUGGCUUAUCCUAAUUUCCACACUCUCGUCCUGAAGCCAAGUGUGCGCUUGGAGCGCGGAUCAUUUGAUUUCAGCGCGUACGGCACUGUACUCCACGACCACGCCAGGCGCCUGCGGCGUUUCGAGUUCGAGCCGGAUAACGUCUCCGAUGCCGAUUUCGAAGGGUACGACAAAGGCGCGAUCGGGUCUUUGAGGGACAAGUGGACUCGUCUAGAGCAGCUGCGUAUGUCCCUUGCUGCACUGCUCGGCCCGGAUCUAACCGAGCGGCUGGACCUGUGUGAUUACUUGCCGAUCAGCCUGCGCUGGUUCUGGACCACUGUGCCGGACUUCAAAAGCUACGCGCAGGUGUAUUCCAACGCGCUGGCAAGCAUGCUUGACGACGGAUCGGAAGGUAAUAGCUGUCGUAGGCUACCACGGUUGGAAUGGGUCCUGGUCAUGCUGCCUAAAGGAGAUGAUAAGUUUGGCUUUGAGCCCAGAGAAUCCAGCGUGUUGCGACUCGGCGAACGCCAUGUUCUGUACAGGAGAAAGUCCGCCUGUGCCGUACAUACGCCGCCGGGGUGGGAGGAUGCCUAUGUCGAGAAAGUCGUGACGCUGCCUUAG